GGCUGUAAGGACCUUGCCACCCCAGAGCAGUGGUCCUUGUGCCUCCCUGCCCCUUGAGAGCAGUCCAGACCAGGGUGUUGGCCAUGUCCCAACUGGUGGAGUGUGUCCCCAACUUCUCAGAGGGGAACAACAAGGAGGUGAUUGAUGCCAUCUCAGGGGCCAUUGCACAGACCCCGGGCUGUGUGCUGCUGGAUGUGGAUGCAGGCCCGUCCACCAACAGGACCGUCUGCACCUUUGUGGGGCGGCCGGAGUGUGUGGUCAGCGGCGCGCUCAAUGCUGCCCGAAUAGCCUGGCGGCUCAUCGACAUGAGCCAGCACCGAGGGGAGCACCCUCGCAUGGGUGCCCUGGACGUCUGCCCCUUCAUCCCGGUGAGGGGUGUCAGCAUGGAGGACUGUGUGCUGUGUGCCCAGGCCUUUGGCCAGCAGCUGGCAGAGGAGCUCAGCGUGCCAGUGUACCUGUACGGCGAGGCAGCGAAGGUGGCCGGUCGCCGCUCCCUGCCAGCCGUCCGGGCCGGAGAGUAUGAGGGGCUGCCUGAGAAGCUCAAGCAGGCCGAGUGGGCCCCUGACUUUGGCCCUAGCACCUUUGUCCCCAGCUGGGGGGCCACCGUUACGGGGGCACGGAAGUUCCUCAUCGCCUUCAACAUCAACCUGCUGGGCACCAAGGAGCAGGCCCACCGUAUUGCCCUCAACCUUCGGGAGCAGGGCCGAGGGAAGGACCAGCCAGGCCGUCUGAAGAAGGUGCAGGGAAUUGGCUGGUACCUGGAGGAGAAGAAGCUGGCUCAGGUGUCCACCAAUCUCCUGGACUUCGAGGUCACGGCACUGCACACGGUCUACGAGGAGACCUGUAGGGAAGCCCAGGAGCUGAGCCUCCCUGUGGUGGGCUCACAGCUGGUGGGCCUGGUGCCCCUGCAGGCCCUGCUGGAUGCCGCAGCCUUCUACUGCCACAGGGAGAACCUAUUCGUGUUGGAGGAGGAGCACCGGAUCAGGCUGCUUCCCGAGGCAUCUGUGCAGAGCUUGCCUCAGGCUGGCAGAUUCUGGCGCCCGGCUCUGGGGCCUGCAGCUUCUUGGCCCUGGAGGCUGUGCCCGGCCAGUGUACCUGUCACUUCUGCUCUUCCCAGGAAGGGACCUCUGGCACAGGGGGUGGUGAGCAGGCUGGGGCUGGACUCCCUGGCACCCUUCAGCCCCGCGGAGCGUGUCAUCGACCCUGUCCCCGCCGCUGAGCCCCUGCCCCGCAGGUAUUUGGUCCCCGAGGGCCCAGAGCAGAGCCUGCUGGACUUGUCCCUCCGAGACUUUGUCCGUGAGGUGGGCGCCCGCUCAGCGGCCCCUGGCGGCGGCUCAGUGGCUGCAGCUGCUGGUGCCAUGGGUGCGGCGCUGGCCUGUAUGGCUGGCCAGGUGACCUACGGGCGGCGCCGCUUUGAACACCUGGAUGCGGCCAUGCGGCGGCUAAUCCCACCCUUCCACAAGGCAGCGGCCCAGCUGGCCCCACUGGUGGACGCUGAUGCCCAGGCCUUUGCUGCCUGCCUGGAGGCGAUGAAGCUGCCCAGGAACACACCUGAGGAGGGUAACAGACAUGCAGCUGUCCUGCAGCAGAGGCUGAGGCAGGCAGUUGAAGUGCCCCUGGCGCUGGCGGAGACGGUGUCCCCACUGUGGCCAGUGCUACGGGAGCUGGCCCUCUGUGGGAACCUGGCCUGCCGGUCGGACCUGCAGGUAGCAGCCAAAGCCUUGGAGACCAGCGUGUUUGGUGCAUACUUCAAUGUGCUCACCAACCUGCGAGACAUGGCCGAUGAGGCAUUCAAGGAGCAGAUCCACCAGCGCAUCUCCAGCCUCCUGCAGGAAGCCAAGAGCCAGGCCGUGUUGGUGCUGGACAGCCUAGAGGCCCGGCGGGAAUGACAGCCAGCAGGGACCUUCCUGUCCAAUGAGGCCCUCAUUCCCCUUUGGGCGGGGCUCCACACAUAGCUUGUUCCCUAGGGUCAGAGGGUGUGUGGAGAACAGGGUGGGGCUUGGGCCAGGGCCUGUCUGGGUCCCCUGCAGGCACAGUCUGUCACCCUCAAUCACCUGUGGCCACCAGUAAAGUCUGAACACCCAAUGUGUAUGGGGUGUCUGGGCUUGGGGCAGGGACAGGGGACCCUGUGGUGGGAAGAGCUGAGGGUGCCCAGCUGCAGUGGGGCUGUGGGCACCAGGCUCAAUGUGGCCGCACAGGGCUCUGAUCUGGGACAGGAGCCGCCAGAGGGCACAGGACAGCAGGCACAGAGGCUCUGUCGGUCCUUGUGGCUUCAUAGGGCUGCAUGCCUCAGUUCCCUGUGGUGAUUAAAGGCUCACUACCCUGUUA